CAGAUUUGUAGCCUAGGUUGUUGCUGUGACACACACAACCGAAGAUGAAUCCCAUUCGCAGCCGGCUGACGAACAGAACAGGUCUCUGUCCUCUGUGCUGAAACCUCUGCUUAUGAUAACGUGAUUGCAAUGAGGCGAUACCUCACGUCCACCAGUAAACACCAAACAUGGACGAUGAUUUAUUUCAAUUGAGACAACUGCCUGUUGUCAAGUUCCGCCACACAGGUGACCACCCCUGCUCUGGAGGGGAGGGGGAGAGCCCGCCAGGCCAGCCGUACGGCCUUGCUGCAGAGCUCAGGGGCCUGGAGUCACUGGCACUAGGGGAUGGAGCACCUGUUCCACGGGAGUUUGCUAACCCCACCGAUGACACUUUCAUGGUGGAGGAUGCAGUGGAGGCUAUUGGCUUCGGGACGUUUCAGUGGAAACUCUCCAUCCUUACAGGACUGGCCUGGAUGGCCGAUGCUAUGGAGAUGAUGAUCCUAAGCAUCUUGGGCCCACAGCUGCACUGUGAAUGGAAACUACCAGGCCUGCAGGUGGCGCUGCUCACCUCUGCGGUCUUCAUCGGGAUGAUGAUCAGCUCUUCGCUCUGGGGAAACAUCUCUGACAAGUAUGGCAGGAAAACUGGGUUGAAGUUGAGUGUCCUGUGGACCAUGUUCUACGGGGUCAUGAGUGCCUUCGCGCCGGUGUACGGCUGGAUGCUGGUCCUCAGGGCCCUCGUGGGUUUCGGCAUCGGGGGGGCACCACAGUCGGUGACGCUGUAUGCUGAGUUCCUGCCUAUGAGAUCGAGGGCCACGUGCAUAUUGCUUAUAGAGAUCUUUUGGGCCCUGGGCACGGUGUUCGAGGUGCUGCUCGCCAUACUAGUGAUGCCCACCCUGGGCUGGCGCUGGCUGCUGGCUCUCUCCACCGUCCCGCUUUUGAUUUUCGCCUGCCUCUGCUUUUGGCUUCCUGAGAGCGCGCGCUACGACGUGCUGACGGGGAACCAGGAGAUGGCCCUGGCCACGCUGAAGCGCAUCGCGGCCGAGAACGGGGUACCCAUGCCGCUAGGAAAGCUGGUGGCUGCCAGACAGGAGAGCCGGGGAAAGUUUCAGGACUUGUUUUCCCCCCGUUUCCGAUGCACCACCGUGUUGCUGUGGUUCAUAUGGUUCUCCAAUGCGUUCUCCUACUACGGCCUGGUGCUGCUCACCCCAGAACUGUUCCAGGAGAGCGUGUCCUGUGGAGUGUCCCAGGACAGGAGGGCAGAGCCACGCUGUAGCUUGGAGUGCAAGGCCCUGAACUCUGACGACUACAAGGACCUGCUCUGGACCACACUCUCUGAGUUUCCCGGUCUGCUGGUGACGCUGUGGGCGAUAGAUCGCCUGGGCAGGAGGAAGACCAUGGCCCUGUGUUUCUUCAUCUACUCUCUCUGCCUCAUCCCCCUCUACGCGUGCGUCGGGAGGACCUCCAUGACGGUGUUGAUAUUUAUCGCCCGUGCAUUCAUCGCAGGAGGAUUUCAGGCUGCCUAUGUGUACACACCAGAGGUGUAUCCCACGGCAACCAGAGCGUUGGGUCUGGGCACCAGCAGCGGCAUGGCCAGGGUGGGCGCGCUUAUCACACCAUUUGUUGCCCAGGUGAUGAUGGAGUCCUCCGUGCACCUCACCCUCUCCGUGUACUGCUGCUGCUGCCUGCUGGCCGCCGUGGCCUCCUGCGCGCUGCCCAUAGAGACCACCGGCCGGGGCCUCCAGGAGUCCAGCCAGCGGGAGUGGGGUCAGGAGAUGAUGGGCCAGCCCCAAAGCCCAGCAGGGGUCCCCCGCUCCAGCUCUGGCUCCCAGAACUGAGGAGAACUCUAGGACAGUGUGAGGAGAAGAACGGGCGGAGGGAAGAACAGAGUAAAGACCCUCCCCCUGCCACCAAGAGCCCAGAUAAGAGGAGUUGGGGAAGAUGGUCGUUAUCCACCUGCUCAUUCAGUUUAAUGAUUACAAUAUUUUAUAGAUGGAGAGUCUGGUAAAAUGUGAAAGAAAAGAAUCGGAGAGAAAGCAAAGACGUUGGGAGGUUAAAAUGCUUCAGGCAUAGUCUUUGAAAUUGUGAGACAAAAGACAUUUUAGUCCCAAUUCUAUUUUGAAAGAGCCUUAAAACAGUUCUGUGCCUGUCAUGGGUGAGAGAGGAUUUCACAAACUAAAAAAGCUGCUUUGAACAUGUUAGUUGAAGAGACGUGUGCUUAAAGACAACAUACAUGCAAGUGCGUGUGUUGCUUCCAUUAUGUGAUGUAUUUCCAAGUAUGAAGAGGAUAUUACAGCGGGCAAAUGUGAUAAAUGUGAUUGGUUUCCCAACCUAUUAUCAGACACCAACAAGUCAUGUCAAGAAAAAGAAACCCUGAAUUAUGGUCAUGUGAUCCAUUUUGUAAAUAGGUACAUAUUAAUGUUACUGAGGUAAGAGAAAUGUUUUUUCCAUUCCAUGUUCUAACACAAGAAGAAGCUUAAGAUCAUGUGUAGUGAUGCAACAUGUGAUGUGAGACCACUGGACAUAUUAUGCAUUUCUAUGAAGGCAUUAACUACCAUAGAUACAAUAAUGUGUGAAAAUCUGUUUUCUUUGCUGAAAUUAGCCUAAGCCCUGUUUCUUGUUAACCUAUUGUAUUCUGCUGUGUGGAUGUAUUAGUGUUUACCGUUUACAAAGGACAGUUUAGUUAUUGUUUGCACUUUAACGUCCUAGGAGGGAAAUCUCACCUUUGAAAUGCUUAAUUUGAAUAAUUCACAAAAUAGUAAUAAUAAUAAUAUGACUUGUACGGUGCAUUUCAUAGCCAUCUCGAGACUCUUUUUGUUAACUUUUUUGUUUGUUUUGUAUUUUAAUUUUUUAUGUUAAGAAAUGAGGCAGGCGAGGGGGGCAAAUAAUGUGGUAGAUUCAGGGACCGAUGAUGAUCAUAACUGGAUCUGUCUGUCUCUCCUUAUCAUUUUUGUGCAGUAGUUUGUGCAAUUUCUGUUUGUUUGUGAUUUUUGAAAUUCACAUUAUUCAAACUUUUCACGCAAUCAGCAUUAUAACAAACAUGUUUCAAAUACACAUCUAUCCAUAAUCUGAAAUGGAAACGUGAUUACUUUCUAUAAAUGUUAUGAAUACCCUG